GUGUGUGUGUGUCCUGUCGUUGGGGACGUCCUGAUGCUGCGAUGAUGGACAUCGUCUUCUGUCUCUCGUCGACGUGAUUUCAAAAAAUCAUAAAAAGCAACACGUUCCGAUAACAUUUGAACAGAAGCACAUUUGUGUCCGCGAGGCGGCGCUGUUUCCUGGACAGUGUACCGCAGCUGCAGAAUCAGCAUCAUGUUGGCCAGGAAGGGCCUCCUGCCGGACGGCUUCCUGCUGACUCGUCUGGCCGAGGACCAGAACCAGCCGAACCGCAGCCGCACCAGAUCCCAGAGAGCCCGCUUCAUCACCAAGACCGGAUCCUGCAAUGUGGCUCACAAGAACAUCAGGGAGCAGGGCCGGUUCCUGCAGGACGUCUUCACCACCAUGGUGGACCUGAAGUGGCAGCACUCCCUCCUCAUCUUCAGCUCGGCCUUCAUCUGCUCCUGGAUGCUCUUCGCUAUGAUCUGGUGGCUCCUGGCUUUCGCCCAUGGUGACCUGGAGCCCCGCGACCCCAACGGCGAGCCGGGCCCCGAACCCUGCGUCACCGCCAUCCACUCCUUCACCUCUGCCUUCCUCUUCUCCAUUGAAGUCCAGGUGACCAUCGGGUUUGGUGGCAGGAUGGUGACAGAGGAGUGUCCUCUGGCCAUCACGGUGUUGAUCAUCCAGAACAUUCUGGGGCUCAUCAUCAAUGCGGUGAUGCUCGGCUGCGUCUUCAUGAAGACAGCUCAGGCCAACCGCAGAGCGGAGACGCUCAUCUUCUCCAGAAACGCCGUCAUCGCUCCUCGAAACGGGCGACCGACGUUCAUGUUCCGAGUCGGGGACCUGAGGAAAAGUAUGAUCAUCUCUGCCACCAUUCAACUGCAGGUGAUCCGGCGGACGGUGACGUCAGAGGGUGAGGUGAUCCCAGUUUGUCAGCUGGACAUCCAGGUGGAGAACCCUCUGAGGAGCAACGGCAUCUUCCUGGUUUCUCCUCUGAUCAUCAGCCACACCAUGGAGAGAGGAAGUCCCCUGUACGAGCUCUCCGCCCAGUCACUGGCAUCCGAGGACCUGGAGAUCAUCGUCAUCCUGGAAGGUGUGGUGGAGACGACAGGGAUCACCAUGCAGGCUCGCACCUCAUACAUUCCCGAGGAGAUCCUGUGGGGGAGGAGAUUCGUGUCCGUCAUAACGGAGGAGGACGGUCGCUACUGUGUGGACUACUCAAAGUUCGGGAACACAGUUCCCGUACGGAUGUCGUCGCUCAGCGCCAAAGAGCUGGACCAGACCAGAGGCGUCCAGGAGAGGAGGUCCGACACCCAGCUGCAGGGGUGGGGUUUGGUCAGAGCUGGCAGGGGAGGUUUCCGCAGAGGAGGCCGGGCCUGUGAUGGCUCCGCCCCUCACCCCUGGUACGCCCAAUCAGAGGAAGCAGAGAAAGUGGUGGAGCAGAAAGGACAGAAGAAGACGGUGCAGCUGGAGGUGAUUGGACGACAGAUCGAAGAGGACGGACUGGGAGACAUGAGCGAAUGAAACCAUGGAAACAGCUUCGUAGCACAAAUUGCUAUCAUCAGACAGUUUACCAAUUGUAUCCAUGCAACUUAUGGCCUCAGUUAAAGGGAUAGUUCAAGUUUUUUGAAGAGUGGUUUCAGGUAUUAUUGGCUCAUUGGUCAAAUCCCAAUUCUUACCAGCAAGUGAAACCAUGGAAACAGCUUCGUAGCACAAAUUGCUAUCAUCAGGCAGUUUACUGUUUGUCUCCAUUGAACCUAUGACCUCAGUUAAAGGGAUAGUUCAGAUUUUUUAGCCCAGUACCAGUUCUUAUUUUUACCCCUAUCCCGACACCUUUGAACAUAUUGACAGAUUGCUAUCGUGGACAAUACAAAGCAGAGACUUGUCCGAAAACUCAAUGCCUCGUAGUGCAAAUGGCACUUUAUGUCAAAGAGAAUCACGUGAUCAGUGAUUGCGUGUAUAAAGUGUGAUAAUUGUCAAUGAUUAAAUGAAGGACUUUUUAUUUUACUUCAUUAUGUAGUGACAUCACUGACCAGAGUCUGUGGGUUUGUCUGUACUCUCUUUCCCUGUUGUUGUGUUCAUAUAGUGCUUUUCUAUUGUGUAAGAUUUUAACCUGUUAUUUAAGUGCAAUAAAUUGAUUUUAUAUUAUUA